AUGGCUUAUGUGUCGUGCGUAAAGCAAGCACUCGGUGCAACGAGAAUGUGGCCAGGAAAGCUUAGAAUCUAUAGGAGAGCACAUGGCUGGGUACGCGACGGAUUCUUUACAACCGACAAGUGGUGCGACUACGACUUCAUGCUACACGGAUGGAAACUUCAAACCGUAGGUGAUGAAGGGUGGGAAAGUCCUUUCAGAAAAAAUCUUGAUCCCUCAAAAUGUGGAAACGGCACAAAAGGCUGGGACUGGAUACCCACAAAACAUGUGAAUGUCACUGUAAUCAAAAACGAGCUUGCUCCUAUCGAGAAAAAUGCUGGCGAUACAUUUCCAAAUGCAGCAAGGGGUCUUGUGUAUCUCGCUAUGCCGGACGUUGGCAAAUGCUAUCCAGACUGUGACAAGGACUUAUAA